GACGCGGCCAGACUGCUGAAGCUGUCAGGAAGGAAGUUUUAGUGCGGUGCUACUUAGUCCUAGUUAGUGUGUGUCUAUGUGUGUGUGUGUGUGUGUGUGUGUGUGUUACCUGCAGUGGGGCUGGAUAACACGUGGGGCAGCGGUACUGCUGCUUCCGCUUGCCUGCUGAAGUGAAGGAAGCAGCAGAGAUGAAAAUGAGACACUUCCAUAUGUUUUCAGUGCGCUAGGGGAGGAACUGUCAACAGGGAAGAGGAUUAGUGGCUCAUCAGCGCGCGCGCACUCACACACACACACACACACACACACCACAGAUCCGUAUCACAGGACUAUUUUUUUUUUUUUUACAUUUUUAUGUCUGUCUCAGUGAUUGUGUGACUUCUCCAAAAAGAAGAAGAAAAGAUGGAAACCAGUGGCUUUUACAAUGACAACUACAGCAGUGGAAGCAGUGAUGAUGACCUGGUCGACCUCAGCGCCAACGCUCAGGAUCUCCUUGAAGAUCUGUCUUAUGACGAGCAGGACCACAGCCAAGCAGAAGCAUCACUGUUUUCUCCUGGAGGCCGAGGACAGAACGGCACGGCUAAGCUGCUGGAUCUGUUAGACGACGGGUUGCACAGGGUGGGGACCUAUGAUGACUUUAACACAAUCGACUGGGUGAGGGAGAAAUCCAAGGACCGAGACCGUCACAGAGAGAUCAACAAUAAGAAGAGGCAGUCAGUACUUGAUCUUCUCUUGAGUUUGAGUGAUGCUUUUUCUGGCUGGCUGCUUAUGCUCCUUAUCGGCCUCAUGUCUGGGGCAUUAGCUGGAGGUAUAGACAUUGCAGCUCACUGGCUAACAGACCUAAAAGAGGGUGUGUGUCUGAACGGCUUCUGGUUCAACCACGAACACUGCUGCUGGAACUCUAAAGAGACCACUUUCCAAGAGAGAGACAAAUGUCCAAACUGGAAGAGCUGGGCCGAGCUCACGGUGGGAGUCAACGAGGGGGCGAGUGCCUAUGUUGUGAAUUAUCUACUGUAUGUGACCUGGGCUCUGCUCUUCGCCUACCUUGCUGUGGUUCUCGUCAGGGCCUUCGCCCCGUAUGCCUGCGGCUCGGGAAUCCCUGAGAUAAAGACCAUCCUAAGUGGCUUUAUAAUCCGGGGCUACUUAGGAAAGUGGACUCUAGUGAUAAAGACGAUCACUCUGGUGCUGGCAGUGUCUUCAGGCCUCAGCCUGGGGAAAGAAGGUCCUCUGGUGCAUGUGGCCUGCUGCUGCGGAAACAUCUUCUGCCAUCUUUUCACCAAGUACCGCAAGAACGAGGCCAAGAGGAGGGAGGUCUUGUCAGCAGCCUCCGCUGUGGGCGUGUCUGUGGCGUUUGGAGCUCCUAUAGGAGGAGUGCUGUUCAGCUUGGAAGAGGUCAGCUACUACUUCCCCUUAAAGACACUGUGGCGUUCAUUCUUCGCAGCCCUGGUCGCCGCCUUCACCCUACGCUCCAUCAAUCCCUUUGGCAACAGCCAACUCGUCCUGUUCUACGUGGAAUUCCACACCCCAUGGCACCUGAUGGAGCUCUUCCCUUUUGUUUUGCUUGGUAUUUUUGGCGGCCUGUGGGGGGCGUUUUUCAUCCGUGCCAACAUGGCCUGGUGUAGACGUCGGAAGAACACGCGUCUGGGCCACUACCCCGUGUUGGAGGUAGUGCUGGUAACUCUGGCUACGGCGCUGUUGGCCUUUCCGAACGACUUCACGCGCAUGAGUGGGAGCCAUCUCAUCUCCGAGUUGUUUAACGACUGCAGUCUGCUGGACUCCUCCCAGCUGUGUGACUACACCUCCCAAGUGAAGGGUGGAGCAAUUAAUAAUAACUUAAGUCACGGUGCGAAUUACAGCAGCAGCCUGUAUGACCGAGCAGCCGGGCCUGGAGUCUACACGGCUAUCUGGCAGCUGGCGCUAGCGCUCCUCUUCAAGACGCUGAUCACCGUGGUUACGUUUGGCAUGAAGGUGCCCUCUGGUUUGUUUAUUCCCAGCAUGGCUGUAGGGGCGAUAGCAGGCAGGCUGCUGGGCAUCGGUAUGGAGCAGCUGGCAUUCUACCACCACGACUGGCCGAUCUUCAAGGGUUGUUCAUCCAGCACCAAAUGCAUUACGCCAGGCCUGUACGCCAUGCUCGGGGCUGCAGCGUGUCUGGGUGGUGUAACUCGGAUGACCGUGUCUCUUGUGGUCAUCAUGUUCGAGCUGACUGGAGGACUGGAGUACAUUGUGCCCCUCAUGGCAGCCACUAUGACCAGUAAGUGGGUGGCAGAUGCUCUGGGCAGAGAGGGCAUCUACGAGGCACACAUCCGGCUGAACGGCUACCCUUUCCUUGAGCCCAAGGAUGAGUUUGAGCACAAGACCCUGGCCAUGGAUGUGAUGCGUCCACGGCGCUCUGAUCCUUCACUCUCUGUCCUCACGCAAAGUGGCAUGAGUGUGGAGCAGGUGGAGGCUGUGAUAGCUGACACAUCAUACAGUGGAUUCCCCGUAGUUGUUUCCCAGGAGUCUCCAAGGCUGGUGGGGUUUGUGCUAAGGAGGGACCUGGUUAUAUCAAUAGAUAGCGCACGCCUCUGCCAGGAGGGUAUCGUGGGAGCAUCGCAGGUCCUUUUCACUGAGCCUACUUUAACUCAGCCUCAUGGUGGACCUCCUUCCCUCAAUCUACGCAGCAUCAUGGAUCUCAGUCCACUAGCUAUCACUGACCAAACACCCAUGGACAUCACCGUGGACAUCUUUCGCAAGCUCGGCCUACGCCAGUGCCUCGUCACACAGAACGGGCGUUUGUUGGGGAUUAUCACUAAGAAGGACAUUCUGAAGCACAUGGCCCAGAUGACAAACAGAGACCCAGAGUCCAUCCUUUUCAACUGAGAAUCCCUUCUCCAUCACUCGACAGGAGAGAAAUUUAAUCCCAUUCCACAUUGACACACUUCCCAGACUAGAUUAUCCCAAUUACCUGCUGGGAAGUAUGUGUGUACUAUAUGUAUGUGGGAGAUUUUUUUUGUGUAUGUCUUGGAAUGACCUGAGGCUUUGGCAUAGUUGGAGGAACGGAUUUGGGCGACAUGCCUGGACAGGAAGUUCUAUCUCCUAGAUGAUCUGACUUUACAGAUUCCCCCGAAGCCGUCACACACUCCACUGAUGACUACUGCACACCCACACCCACCACCACACACAUGCACCACUGAUCCACAUCAUCUUUGGAAGACUGUCACAAAAACAUUCCUGUGAGCACUGUUUUUUUUUUUUUAUCCUGCAUAUGUCAUUCUUGGAUUCGCUUUGAGGGAACCCAUGGCAUGUGAAGGACAUUUAGGGAAUCUCGCUGGGGAACAUGCCUGAACAUGCCCGGGUUAGACAAUCACUGUGGGAAGAGGAUGAGAGAUGAGACGGGAGUGUAUCAUGUUAAAAAGUCACACACACUCAGUCUUGCUCACACUCAGCCAGCUUGUCAGACUCCUUGCACAGAUAAAAGCCAAAGACAGUGUUGUGUUUGAGCUUUGUAUAAUUAAAGUGUUAAUGUAAAGUUUCGCC